UAAUUGAGUUGCUCUGGUCUAGCGUUUAGGGUGUUUUUGUCAUGUUUCGUAGAAGAAACUUGGCGGUUUAAAUGUUUUUACUGGAUUUUAAGCGAAGGGUUAAAUAUAGUCAAACCUGUAAUAGUUACGAAAGAAACGGUCGCUGUUAGCUAACCAAAUAAAAUCAUGCUGCUUCGUAAGGUGAGCCAGACGUCCGCUGUGUGCGGAUCGAUUCUCAGGAAUCCUGCCGUGCUUUCAGGAAGUCCGCGUCAAGCUGCGAUGGUACUCUCUGUACCAAACAGUCGGCUCUACGCCAGUCAAGCUGCUCAGGCCGUGUUGGAGAAGCCUGCAGUGGUUGGCAGUGAUGCUGCAUCUAAAGUGGAAAAGAAGACUGUUGCUGCUGAAUCCAAAUCCUUUGCUGUUAACAUGUUCAAAGGGCAGAUCACAACAGCUCAGGUGUUUCCCUUCCCUAAAGCCCUGAACGAGGAGCAGGAGCAGUUCCUCCAGGAGCUUGUGGGCCCAGUCAGCAAGUUUUUUGAGGAGGUGAACGAUCCGGCCAAGAACGACGCCCUGGAGAAGGUGGAGGACCACACCAUGGAGGGUCUGAAGGAGAUGGGGGCCUUCGGCCUGCAGGUUCCAGCUGACCUGGGUGGCCUUGGCCUCUCAAACACCCAGUACGCUCGCCUGGUUGAGAUUGUUGGCGGUCACGAUUUGGGAGUUGGCAUCACUCUGGGAGCUCACCAGUCGAUCGGCUUUAAGGGAAUUCUGCUGUUUGGGAACAAAGCCCAGAAGGAGAAGUACCUGCCCAAACUCGCCACAGGCGAACACAUCGCCGCCUUCUGCCUGACCGAACCAGCCAGCGGCUCUGACGCCGCCUCCAUCAAGACCACCGCUGUUCUUUCCCCCUGCGGAAAGUACUACACUAUGAACGGCAGCAAGAUAUGGAUCAGCAAUGGAGGUUUGGCUGAGAUUUUCACCGUAUUUGCCAAGACUCCCAUGAAAGAUCCCAAAACAGGAGAGAUGAAGGACAAGAUCACAGCUUUCGUUGUGGAGAGGAGCUUUGGAGGUGUCACAAACGGCCCGCCGGAGAAGAAAAUGGGCAUCAAGGCGUCCAACACGGCCGAGGUUUACUUUGAGGACGUUCGCGUGCCGGCCGACUGCGUUCUGGGCGAGGUGGGCGGAGGCUUCAAGGUGGCUAUGAACAUCCUGAACAACGGCCGCUUCGGGAUGGCGGCCGCCCUCUCGGGCACCAUGAGGGGCGUCAUGGCCAAAGCUAUCGAUCAUGCAGCCAACAGAACCCAGUUUGGGAACAAGAUCCACACCUAUGGAGCCAUCCAGGAAAAGGUGGCCCGCAUGACCAUGCUGCAGUAUGUGACAGAGUCGAUGGCCUACAUGAUCAGCGGUAACAUGGACAGUGGAGCCACAGACUUCCAGAUAGAAGCUGCCAUCAGCAAGAUCUUCGCCUCUGAAGCGGCGUGGACUGUGACUGAUGAGUGCAUUCAGGUCAUGGGGGGUAUGGGUUUCAUGAAGGACUCGGGAGUGGAGCGGGUGAUGAGGGAUCUAAGAAUCUUCCGAAUCUUUGAGGGUACCAACGACAUCCUGAGGCUCUUCGUAGCUCUCAAUGGCUUCCAGAAUGCUGGGAACCACCUGAAGAGCUUGCAGAAGGCCUUGAAGAACCCCAUUGGCAAUGCCGGGCUCCUCGCAGGGGAGAUCACAAAGAGAGCCAAAAGAACGGCAGGUCUGAGCACAGGUCUCACUCUGCAGGGAAGCAUCCAUCCUGAGCUGUCACAAAGUGGUGACCUGGCAGUGAAAGCCAUCGAGCAGUUUGGAGCCGUCAACGAGGAGCUGUUGGUCAAACAUGGCAAGAAGAUCAUCGACGAGCAGUUUGUUUUGAAGAGAGUCGCGGACUGCGCCAUCGACCUCUACGCCAUGGUGGUCGUCCUGUCCAGGGCUUCCCGCUCUCUGAGUCAGAGCCAUGCUUCAGCUCAGCAUGAGAAGAUGCUGUGUGACACCUGGUGUUUGGAGGCUCAUCACAGGGUCAUGCAGGACAUUAAGCUCCUGCGCUCCGGUCAGUCCAAGCAGCUCUUCAACAACAUGAGGUCCAUCUCUGCUGCUGUGGUGGAGAACGGAGGCGUGGUGUCUCCACACCCGCUGGGUUUCUAAACCACUGUCCACCUUUAUCUCUGUAUUUUUUUAGGGUUUCUUUUUUCCCCACUCUAAAUCCGGUCGUGAAUGCCAAGCCCAGCCAGAAUCCACCCACUAUGUCUGCUCAGUCACAUCAUGGCACUCUUGUCAAACAUGUACGAUGAAGCCUCGAAAAUCCUACACUCGAGCGUGACCUUCAAUUCUCUUCCUCUUUGAGUGGGAGUACGACUCUUGUACAAAUAAAGGUGUUUAGGUGGUUAAAGACAUAUUCGGUCCUGGUGCUUGUGUCUGAUGCAGCAGAUGGUUGAAUAUGUGCAGGGAGCUUGUAAAUAGACCAGCAGCUUUGUACCUACAUGACUGUAGCUGACGGGUUAAUAACUUACUGCUAAAAUGUUAAUAUAUGCAGUUAUUGUUCUUUAACAUAAACACAACACAAUCGGUGAAACUCAGUUGGUAACUAGGUUAAAAGGAAGGCUAUUUGUGUUUAGCCUGUGCACUAAAGGGCAUAUUUUAACUUUUCGUUUUUUUUUUUACUGGUACACUUGCCUAAAUUGUGUUUAAAUGUAUUUAACAAUGCGCUCUGUAAGUACUUGAAUGCCUUUCUGCAUGUUGAGCUCUUAUAAACACAAUGUCAGAUUGAAACCUUUGCCUUAGAAACGUUUGCACCGAUGCUGAUUGAAGUUCCCGCUGUGCUGAUGUGACUCAAAACAGAUCAACACAACAGUCAGUUCUCAAAGGCAAAUGUAAAUGUCCUCAACUGUUAAUGUAGGAAAUCUACUGUCAUCUGCAUAUCUAAUUUUAAGAUAAAAGUGUGUACUUUUCAUUUGUGCAACUUUUGGGGUAUCAUUUGUGUAAUUAUAUGGUAAUAUUUAAAUAUAAAUACUUAAGCUAUUAGAUAUGAUCCCAAUGGUUGAAGGGAUUCACAUGACCAUUGUGUAAUGUACCAUUCAGAUUAAAUAAUUUGGUUCUAUAAAUGUGUUUAUUGCAUUAACACAGUGGACCUCAGUGUAUUUGUAAUGCAUUACAUUUGCCAUUAAAUCUGCCUUGGGCUUUGACUUUA